GAGUGAAGCUUUAAGAUCACCAGACAGAUCUGAGCACUGGGGCCAUUUCCUGUUAGAAGGGGGCUUCUAGAGACAGGCAAAUGUGCAAAGUAUAGUGCUACACAACUUUUUGGUGAAGCUAAGAGAAUUACAAACAAGAAAUAAGGCUUCGACAAAAAAAAAUUUCUGGAGUCUCACCGAUGGAAAUGGCAGUGUUGAAGAAGGAUACCCUGCUUGUCCUGGCCCUAAUGUUUUCCUCUGCAGAGGCCACAAACUUUAGUGACCCCAUCAUCUGCUACGUGCUGGAUGCAGUUCUGCUGUUUUAUUGCAUUAUAUUUACGGCACUGUAUUUUAAACUUAAGUUUGAAAAGGUGAAGACCUUUGCCAUUGUACAUGACAAGCCUUCUAAUGGGGCUCAAGCACCGGAGGAGGGGCAAUAUGAGGUACUGGUGGGCCAGUCAAAUGACGAUUACCAGGAAAUCCAAAAGAAAAGCGAGCCUCGCAAGAAAAAGAGAAAAGCCAAAGAGCCUAAAAGCAAGAGAAAUGCAGCAGAAGCCAUUGAGAUGAAACCUACCCCUCCUGUACCAACACGUGACUGAACCAGUACACACAAGACUGCUGUAAAAUGUUUAAUUUUUUUUUCCUACAUCACUUCAUGAAAACAUCUGCGUAAUGAACCGGAGAUCUGUACAUUUUUUGCACAUUUCACCCAGACGAAAAUGCGCAAUCUGUCUUUUUUCUUACCUAAUAACCCUAUAUAUUGUAGCUUUAAAAAAGUUUAUAGUAGCUAAAAAAAUGGAUUUCAUAAAUAUUUAUAUAUUGAUUGGUCAGAAGGUGUUAAGUUUUCUAAAUGAGCACACCUCUGGGAGUAGUGGCAGUGAAAAGAGAAACAAUGGGUUUCUUUUAUUUAUAUUAAUACAUUAUAGUGUGCGUAGUAACAAUUAAUUUGCAGGGAUGUAAAUGACAUAUGACGGAUACUCCGCAUAAUAACCCAUAAGAUCCCAUGUGUAAUAUAAUAAAUAAGACAUCUAAUUCUUGAUGUGGUGACGUGUUCUGCAAGGAGUGUUGAGUAUCAGUGCUUUAUCAGAUUUUUCCAGCAUGGCAAAGUAAUUGGGCCAACUGCAAUUUCUGCAUUUCUUGGUGACAUAGCCUUUGCUUUUUUUCUUCUUCUCUUUAAUUUAAUUAUUUACACGAAUGUUCAGGUAUAAAUCAAACAGUUUUAGAGCUAUUUAUAAUUAAUCGACAUGAAGGAAAUGACUUAUUUAUGGCCCUUUCAGACAUAUAAUUAUACAUUUUAAUAAAUGCCCCUACUUUGUAUAAAUGUAACAGUUAAAAAGAACAAUACAUUGUUCAUUAAUACAUUACAAAUUGUAAUCACUGGCAUAUAUCAGUUGUUUAAAAAAUAAAACAUUUCAUUUACAAGAAUGUAAGUAAAAAAUGGCACGGUGUGCUGCAAUAGGAAAUGAAACAACAGCAGAAAGGUACGAGGCCAUCCAGAUGUUGAAUAUUUUCGUUAUUUUUAACACAUUCUUGCCAUUGUUUUCAAUUUUAUUAUAUUAAGAUUGGUGCUUAACAGUUAAGUUACAUAGAUGGUUUCAUAGUAAAGAGGACUGCAUGGUAGAAAAAGUGAAAAUGCUUCUGGUUGUUAAUCAUGGUACUUACCUACCAUCUAUUAUAAUAUAUAUGAAUUAGAUUUUUUUUUGCCCAACAAAUGGUACUGUAAUUCAGAAAGCAUGUCCUGAGGGAUUUUUUGGCGUGAUAUAGAAAUAUUAAUCACCACUUUUUGUGUCUGCAAAUGUGCUUUUCAUGGUCAUUUGCAGUAGAUUUCUAGUACAGUACAGCUAAUGUAUAUGCAGUAGAAUAGUGGAUUUUCAUGUAAUGAUGAAAAAAAGGAAACCCAUGUCUCAGACACUGUAGAUUAUCAUAUAAUUAAAACAAGAGAAACAGCUUCUUAUGCCAAAGCGUGAACAUGAGACACAUUAAACACAGUUGUGUCCAGCAGGCCUCAGGACAGGAGUGUCGUCCUAUUGGCUUUCCCAAAUAAAGAAGUAUACUGAGUAACAACUGUCAAUUCAGUGCAUUAUAUUAUAUAUAUAUUUUUUUUACCUGUACAGUAAAGUCUACAUGCAUAGAUUUUUCCAUACCAUAAAAAACUGUAUGUUCUAAACCUAACUGGCAGAAAAGUAGGCUAUAUUUUGCUAAUAAACAUGCCCCCCCGAUCUUUGUUAUUAAUCCAUCUUGAUUUUAUGUCAUGCUGAUAAAAUCAAAGACUGAAUUAAUGCAGUAAGAGCUUAUCAUUGAAUGGAUAAGAUCGUAAUCUGUAAUACUUUCUCACAGAGUUGGUGUUUGUACAUCAGUAAAAAAAGGCACCCAAACCACGACUCAAGACUUCUUACAAUAUGAAAACACUUGGAAAAUGGUUUAAUGAUGUUUACAACAAAAGAGAUCUGUACAGUUACAGUAAAGAUUAUCUUUAUAUAUUAAAAAAAAAUAAAAUACAGCAGACGAAAAAAAAAGAAAAGGUAAUCUAAUCUACCAUAUAUCCUGAUUCACAUACUUAUAUUUCUACACAAUCAGUUCUAAGCUACCGUGAUGUAGCCGUUGCAGAGUCCAGUUAAAAGCUUGUGUUGAGCGUGAGAGCCAUUGAAGCCCUGCUAAUAGUGAUACCCAAGGAACAAGAAAUGAGCCUCACUAUUACAACAGUGGCUUAGAGUUCUGAUAAGACACACAGAAAUACAAUCUACUUUGACACUGGUGAAGGAAAAAAAAAAAGAUUUAGCUGUAGGAAAUGAUAAUGACCAUUUACAGUCCUCGACUGAAACACUAUGUACAUUUUCCUAUUUUUUUUUUUUUUUCUCAUUUGUUAAAAAGAAGAAAAAAAAAGAAAAGCAAUGGUAAUUUGGGCAGUGAAACUGAUAAUCACAUACACAGACAGACCCAAAACGUAUAAAAAUACUAUUUGUUUAACCUACUAAUAGUAAGACAGUUCUUCAGUUAACUCCAUGCUGUGAGAAAAAAAAGAGCAAUACAUCCACAAAUCAGAAUUUUAAAAUGCCACUUUUUUUUUUUUUUUUUUUUUUUCUUUUUUCUUCCCAUAAGUAUUUCAGAAAAAUACCAAAAUAUACAUCUAAGCUUUGGAAUUACUGAGGUUAAAAUUAAUGUCAGAGCUGGGAUCUGUUGUUUAAUACACACGCUGAAGGGCUUGGAGAGGAAGAGAGAGAAACAGGACAAAAGAAAGUGUCAUCUUUGGUAUCUGCAUGUGUCAAACAUUUCAUAUUUGGAUUUUUGCUUUGGGAUAGAGCUUGGAGUGUCUGUCGACCUUACACUCCAUAAAAAGCUGCUGAGUGAAGAGUCGAAGACCCAUUUGGUUAAGAGCGGUGUUGCAGAGACACUGCUCCAGCGGCAAACAGGAUAACAAUGCAUAGUUGCACAGGGAAAUCAAGAUGGCGGAAAACAGCAGAGACAAAUUUGAAGGAGAGAAGUUAAAAACAGCACAAACGAAAUAACGAGACAUCAGUACAGAGCAAGUAACCUUAGAGAGGUCAGAUGUGUGGUUUUUUUGGUUAGAGACACUCAUAGAAACAGAUUUACUUGGUUACAUCUAUAAAGACAAAAGGCAUUGAGUCCAGAGAGCAGACAGUUCAUCCUGAGCCAGUUGCAGUGUGCACAGGAUGUCCUUCAGUGUGUAAUAACUAACAUCACCCAGUCAAAGAAGGGUUAAUUUUUCAGAGUCCCUUGGAGAAGCCUGCCCUCUGUCCUUAUCGUCAUCUUAUGAUAUCAGGAGGGUACAAAGGAAUUACAGCUGAGUCCAUAUCUCCAAUAUCUCCAAUCACUUUGUAAGUCUUUGGUUACCACGGAAAGGAUGAGGGCUGGUGACUGUGAGGGCCAUGAAGAGGACACACACACACACACACACACAUACACACCAAAUAAGCCCUGCAGUUACAUUCAUACAAAUGAGGGACAUUAAGGAGACGAUUGUCAAAUCAUAAAAAUAAACUUCAAGGUGAACUACAAAGACAAAGGUGCAAAAUAAAUAUGCCUAUAAUAUGCGUUCACUAUAUUUAAAAGUAAAAUAUAAAAAAAUCAAAAAUCAAACCACGAGUCAUACUCUACAAGUUUGGCAUUAACAAGUGUAUGUGUGUGUUGUGUGUCUCUGGAGCAGCUGCUAGACCCUCGCCCCAUAGACAUCUGCAGGCUCCUCUUUCAGGACAUUUUUUAUUAGGUUUUAUGUUUUCUUUGCUUGUUUGCUUUUCAAAAUAGAUUAAAGUAGGUUUUUUACUCUGUCUCGAGUUAGAAAUGAGGUAUACAACAGCUCCUUUACCCAGUCCAGCAAGCUCAGCCAUCGGGUCCAUGACUGCGACCACCGUUAUCCUUUUCCAGCAAUGGACUGAAAGCCUUCUGCGGCAAUCUACAGGCCAGAAACUAUAUGACUACUGCUGUUCCACAAAAACCAAAAUCUCUACCGGAGCACUUAUCUACAUUAACACUACAACAGAGUCUGCUGCAGAAAUGCAAAGUCCCCAUUCUAUCAGUUGCAUUUGGCUCUGGAACACCAUUUAAUCCAAUCACAGGUUAAAAGCAUAAAGCCAAGUGGUCAACAUUGCCUAAAUCAGUCAUAAAUGCUUUCGGAAAUGGUGGACAUCAAGAUUAUUAAUAUUUCCUAUGUUUCCCAACUGAUCAUUAGCUAGAAGUCUUACUUCUAAUCAGUUUAAUCAAAUUCAGAGAAAUAUUUUUUCCUACAAUAUGACCUCUGAAGUAGAAUGCACAGCUACCAAGAAGAAGGACAACCCCGUUUACCUAAACAACAGCUGGAGUUUGGUUAUUAGUAAAGCUUUUUGCAGCAGGUUUCACAACCUGGAAAGUCACACCAAAAUAGCAACAUUUUGUAUGUUUUUAAAAAUAAAACAUAAAAAAGUCUAAUACUCACAGCGUUAUUUCAACGAUCAAUAUGUGAUUUAGACACAAAAACAUGCGGGAAUGCGUCCUCUCACUCAUCAAAACACUAAUAUGCACUCGCCGACGCGCAUACCAUAGUUUGCUACAAAGCGUCAAUCAUCUAAAAUAAUAGUAUAAAAGGCAUAAAUGAUAAUUUAAUUUAGUCAAACUAAGAAAGCCAGUGAUGUUGCUCCCUUACGCUAUAUAUAUAUAUAUAUAUAUAUAUAUAUAUAUAUAUGUGUGUGUGUGUGUGUGUGUGUGUGUGUGUGUGUGUGUGUGUGUGUGUGUGUAAAAAAGUUGAAAUAUUUUUUUAUUGACUUGAUAUUCUUUUAACAAUAAAUUACAAAUCAAUAAUCAACUGAAAGUAUGGAGCAGGUGCUUUGUGGGUCCAUUUCCCCAGGCAACUGUAAAAGCUAGGAGCACCAUGGCAAGCCCCCUUAUUCAACAAACUAUAAUUGUGAAGAGUGUAAAUGACAGCUUGUUCCACAUUUAAACGGUGUGGCAUUACAUUUUUGGUUUUGAGGGUUUUCAGUUUCAGUUCAAUUGCUAGCAUAAAAAGUAAGGUAUUAUUAUUAUUAUUUUUUUUUGGUCGUUUUUCUUUUUGUGAAUAAGCAUGACAAACACUACAUUCAAAUCUUCAGAAUAGUUGAAUUAUAAAAUAUGAGUAUAUUACAUAUGUAUAUUUAUAUAUCUAUAUAUAGAAUUUAGGGAAAACAGUUCUUUCUAAUUAUUUAAGUCGUUCCUCAGAUAAAUAUCUCAGUAACUCCCCACACGUCCCGGCACCACACCAACUGCACUAAAACAACAGAGAUACACAACCAUACAUAAAACUACUACAGUCCAAUAAGGCCAUGUGGUAGCCUCAGGACAGAACCGGCUGAGUGAGCAGCAACAAGCCACAAAGACAAAGGCUUUUCACUUUGGCAAGUAGGACAAAAAAAAAAAAUAAAAUUGGAGGUACCCUAUAAGUAGUUGUACAUGAAACAGCAGUAGUAGUUCGGCUUAAUGUUUUUUUGUUUGUUUGUUUGUUUGUUUUUAUGCAGUAUUGAAAUUAUUUAAAAAGACGAUUCGAACAUUAAAAGCUCUUGUCUGUUGGUGCCAUUUUGCUUAAAGCGAACCUUCCAUUUAAGUGCUGAUGAGGUAAUAUAAAACAAAAAAAUGAAUAAAAAAAAAUACAAGCAUGGCUGUAUUGGAUAGCAGACUGAGACACAGAAAACGUUUGACAGUUAUCCUCCAGCCCGUACAUAUGGGGUUAAGUGAAAACACAUGAAAAAAGAAUGAUAACUGAGGCAUUGAGCAUUAGUGUUACACGAUACAUGUUUUUAUAGCUAAUGUGACCUGAUGUCUGGUUGACAGAGCACGAACGCUUUAAAUCAGACAUUCUAAAAGUAAAGCAACUAUUAUUAAUGAGCUGAAAGACCAGAAUCAUGGUUAAACCAAACAUAAAUUUAGAUUUAAAACAAUAAAUGAAUCCUGACUGCAUAUUAACUCUCUACAUGUAAAAGUGGUUUUGGUAUACCACAAUAUGUACCGUUAAAGCCUAAUAAGUUUGUGUGUACCAGUGCUGCGCCAGGCUUAGAGGACAGUCAAACAGUGGAGUGGUUUCGGAUUUUUCCACAGUCCACACAGUCUUAUACACUACAGUCGCAAAAGUGUAAAAGCUAAUGCCGCACAGUAGAUUCCAGUGAACUCUACGGAGGAUGGGAACUGAUUUAGGAAGCCUCUAGGAUGACAAGUAAAUGACUGAAAUGUAAAACAGUGGAGGAAUAUUCGGCACUUGAGGCCAUUAACUACACUCAAACAU